AUGGCGGAUAACUCGACUUCCGCCGCCGCCGCGACCCUGCUGGAGCGGUUCAGCUCUGGCUCCAGCAUCUCGAUGGUGGCUACAACUGUCGCCCUCUUGUUCGCUUUUCUCGUUGGGCUGGACAAGCUUAUAUCUGCUCCCGUUGAUCCUCGUGAGCCUCCAGUAGUCAAAGGGAACAUUCCAAUUCUUGGUCAUCUCUUUGGCGUGCGAGCACAAUACCCUGGGGUAUAUGAGAAAUUGGCCCAAAGCACGACACUGCCAAUUUGCACUCUCCCACUUCUUAACAAGAAGAUUUAUCUUAUCAACACCGCCCCUCUCGUCCAGAGUGCCAUGCGGAAUAAGACAUUAGAAUUCGGCGCCCGUAUUGAAGAGAUUGGCCGAGCCAUGGGCAUCGACCCAAUAAUCACUGGGAGGCUCGUCCGCGAAAAUGCUGUGGAUGAAAUCUCCCGGAUUACUAUUGCGGCGCUUUCCGGAGACAACUUGUACAAGCUUAAUCUGACUGCUCUGCAGUACAUCAGCGGCCGCUUUAACGACGUCAAGGCUGACAGUCCAGUUCACAUCGAGAAUUUCUACCACUGGACCCGCGACAUAAUCGGUAACGCCACAACUCGAGCUUUGUAUGGAGAGCAAAGUCCUUUCAACGAAGCAGGCUUGGUGGACUGCAUUUGGAAGUACGAGACGGGACUUGGAAAGCUGCAGUAUGGUUUGCUAUCGUUGUUGAUCGCUGGCAGGGCAUUAAAAGCCAGGAUCAAGAUGGUCACCCGGCUCGCCCCAUAUUACACGCGCAAACUAGACCAGGGUGACACAGUCUCAGCUGUCAUUCGCGGCCGCGCAGCCUUCUGGCGUUCCUUUGGCCUGCCCGAAGCCACAAUUGGCGCCCUCGAUUCUCUUCCCGUUGCAUCAACAGUUAACACAGCGCCCUCAGCGUUCUGGCUCCUUGUCAAUGUCUUUUCCGAGCCGAAAUACGUGGAACGUCUGCGAAAAGAGAUUGAAGACGCGUCUGUCAUUACCAUCACGAAAGAAGGAGACCGCCGUGUUGCCAGUGUCGACAUCAUGGCGCUAGGCAACUCUUGCCCCUAUCUCGUAGCAUGCUAUCGUGAGACCUUGCGCGUCGAAAACACAGUCACUGGGAGCCGGACUGUGAUGGUUAAAGACACCACUAUCACUGACCAUGAAACUGGACGAGAGUACCUUUUGAAAAAGGGAGUUGAGGUGCAGUGGAGCGCAUCUGUGAUGCAUAAGAAACCUAUCUGGGGUGACGACAGAGAGACAUACAACCCAGAGAGGUGGCUGAAGCCAACCCCUGAGAUUAACAAGGGUUCCAAGGAGUCCUAUGUACCCUUUGGCGGCGGCAAGCAUCUGUGCCCUGGUCGUAAUUUUGCCUUCUCCGAAUUAUUGGGAUGCCUCGCGGUAAUGGCGGUCGGUUUUGAGCUUGAAGGAGCUGAAAUCCCAGGACACGCUAUGCUGUACGAACAUUCUGGUCUUAGAUCUCCAAUUUAUGGAAAGAAAUCUUCCAAGGCGACUUUGAAGAGAAGACAAGGCUGGGAAGACGUCGAGUGGAGAUACAUAUGA